AUGGCAUCCAAGGCACAUAUACUUGAUACUCGGGCGGAACUCGAUGAGCUUGUUCGAAGAAGAGCUGAAAUUGCGGAUACUCUUCAUAAUCUAGAACGUCAAAUCUAUGCCUUUGAGGGCAGCUAUUUAGAAGACACACAGCUCUAUGGAAAUAUUAUCAAGGGAUGGGACCGAUAUCUUACCAACACAAACAAGGCAGACAAACGUAACCGAAAAUUUAGAGAUGCAGACCGCCUGUUCUCAAAAUCCUCAGUGACAUCAGCAGCUGCUGUCCAGGGUAUUGCUGAUUUAGAAAAAAAAGAACCACCAAGUCCGGAGCCUAAUAUUACAACACCGGCAACUCAUACCAAUGGUGUCAGCUCCCCUGCAGACAGUACAGCCAGCAGUGGCAACCAUAUACCAUUAAAUACAAGCUUUUCUGGGAAAGUGGUUAAAUCUGCCAGCUUAAAACAUAAAAAGACAGCAAAGAGUAAAGCGAGGGGAAG